AUGAGCCCCUCGACUGGUAAAGGAGCGUCUCAUCGGCGCACCUCCCUGACAUGCACCUAUUGCGAGCACCGGAACGAGAAGCCAUUCGGCUGCAACUACUGCGACGCCACGUUCAGUCGGAAGGACGUGAUAAAGCGACAUCACCUCCGAUAUCAUCAAGCUAUUGCUGAGAUGGUUGGCGUGACGUCCGAGCCGGCUUUGCCGACAUCUCUGCAUCUCGCACCACCUGCACCCGUGCAGCCAGUCAUCAUGUCACCUUCACCCCAGGACGUAUUCCUUGAUUUCUCACAGGGAGAGAACCUGGCUGUUGCGGCCCUGAGUAGCCAGGAUGGACAUUCUGGCCUACUCAUGAAUAAUUAUAUCAUUGAUGAUUUUCCUCCAGACUUGGACUUUCAGUCAGCACCAGAUGAAGGGCAUGCAGGCACCUCCAUGCCUGGUGGCCUUACCGGUCGGCCUCCAGACCCACCUUUCUGGAGAGGCUCCCUCGAACUGUCGGAGGAAAAGAGAGGUCAACUGUUCACAGAGACGAAAGAUGUUUUGAGAAAAGCAGGAAUCGGUAACAUAGCGGAAUUUCCGACUCGUUUGAGCCUAGAGAGAUUCCUCGUGACUUUCUUCGAAUGUUUCCUUGAUUACCUCCCAUUCAUUCAUGUUCCGACCUGGCAAGCCGAGGCGGCACAUCCUUGUCUUCUCUUAGCGAUGCUUGCGGUUGGCGCAGGGCCCUACAAAGAAUACGAUAUUGCCCAUGCUCUUUAUUACGCAGCAAGAUUUUUGAUUAUGACAUAUCUUGGAAACACUCCUUCAUCGGCCUCCGAAUACCCUCUCUGGGUGAUGCAAUCGCUGCUUAUCACAAUCUCGUAUGGCGUUCGUAGCGGUGAACGAGAAAUGUUUAACGACGCAGUUUCAUGGACCUCGUCCCUAGCAAAUGCUGUUCGCUGGGGUUCGACACCAGACAAGUAUCGCGACCUAGAGCACGAGAUACAAGGAUCAUGGCAGGAUUGGAUAGAGGAUGAGAUGGCUGUUCGGACCCACUGGGCUGCCUACACAGUUUUAUGCGUUCUGACCGUCUGCUUCAAUAUCCCUCCAGUACUGAUGGGUCAUGAAAUGAGCCACGUUCGGCUACCGUGCAAUGAAUCAGAGUGGUCAAGCGCUACUUUUGAAUCAUGGAUCAAGGCCAGGAUGGGCCGCUGUCGAAACUGCCCAUGUUUUGGAGAAGCGCUGGAGAUCCUCCUUGGUUCAGUAGAACUGCAAAGUGACACCAUCAGCGUUUUCGGAACUUACGUGCUCCUGCAUGCAAUUUUACAGAAUAUCUGGACGUUGAGACGGAACAUCUGGCUAGAACCAAUGCAUCUCGCGAGCUGCUUACAGAAAACAGACCUUACUCUUGGAAGGUGGCAUUCGUGCUGGGCGGGAAACGUAGAAUCAUCCGUGUCACCGCGAAACCCUCACAACGCUGUGACUGCAAAUCCAGCAGCACUCUUUCGCCUGGCAUAUAUGUGGGUCGGAGUUGAUUUCUCUUCGGUACGGGCUGCCAUUGCCUCGCAUAACCCGGAAACGAUAGAGCGAAGCUUCAAGCAGCUGUCGAUCCCAAUAGCAGAAUCGGACCUGACUUUGAAGAUCAUCAAGCAAGCAGUCGGCGCUCUUAAGACACGAGUUAAAUUAGGAAUGACGCUCAGAGAGCAACGGCUGGGCUGUUUUCAGAGUCUAGAAGUCCAUCUAUUUUCCCUGGAGUGCUGCCUUUUCGCUUGUGCAUGGUUGAAGGCGGCAGAGAGCCGUCCCGAGCUAGAGUGGUCAGCCGACGAAGCACAAGUCAUCCGGCUUGUCCGCGAGAUCUUGUUUGAAGUAGAUUUGCCUGCCACUCGUUCUCAAAAGCCAGAUGCCGUACGAGUAGUGUAUGCCUGGGCAUUGAUAUUGAAGCGUCGCGCGUGGGCGUUUAUGAGAAUUGCCAGCUUGCUAUUUGUAUUUGUCCACCAUCUCGGGCGCUCCAUCAUUUACCCCGUGGCCGACGCAUUUUCCACCCUGCGCCGAAUCGCCGAUCGCUUAUCCUCAGCAGAUAUCCGAGCCGCACAAUGUUAUAUAAAGAUCCGGGCCCGGUGGGAUGAUCAUUCUCCAUGCCUUUUCAUUUAUUCUCCCUAUCACACCACGAUUGUCCGACAGGAUUUUGUUUUCAUGUCUCUCUCUGGCCUUGUGGUUGUCGUCGCUGGUGCCUCCAAGGGCAUCGGAAAGGAGAUUGCCCUGCGAGCCGGUGCUGAUGGAGCCAAGGUAGUCAUCAACUACCUGUCGGACAUCAAGGCCGCGACCGCAAUUGUCGCGCAGCUUGGGCAUGAACGUGCCAUUGCAGUGCAGGCUGACGUUUCGAACCCCGCUGAGGUGGACGGCUUGAUUCAAGUCACUGUAGCCAAAUUCGGAAGGAUUGAUAUCCUGAUCCCCAACGCCGCGUAUGUCCCCCAAAAAGAUCUACGGAACGUGACAGAGGAGGACUUUGACCGGGCUUUUGCUGUCAAUGUCAAGGGUCCUUGCUUUUUAGCAAAGGUGGGCGGUCCCAAAUCCUUUAGAUUCGCUUCCCCAAACACUUUUUCGGGAAGCGUGUUGUGGCAGUUGCCCUCUGAAUCAGAAAUCAUGUUGACGAAGUUCCAGAAAGCACUUCCGCACAUGACUCCCGGAAGUAAGAUCAUUUUCAUUUCGACGGACAUGACAGACGCUUCUGUUAUACCGCCUCAGUUCCUUCUAUAUGUGUCCACCAAGGGAGCAAUGAAUCAGAUGGUUAAAGUUUUGGCACGGGACCUCGCCAGCAGUGGAAUCCGUGUCAAUGCCAUCGCCCCAGGGGCGACAAGUACAGACUCCUUCCAUCGAGUGGUGGACGAGAGCAAAGAACGGAUGCUUGCGAGCCACAACCCGUUCAACCGUAUUGCAAAUGCAGAAGAGAUUGCCGCAGGGGCCAGUCUCCUCUGGGGGAAGGACAGCGACUGGAUCUCCGGGCAGGUUCUGAAGGUGAACGGUGGUAGUAUUGUCUGA